AUGGCCAGCCUGGUGGUGAAGACCAUUUGGCAAUCCAAGGAGAUCCACGAGGCGGGGGACCCUCCGGCAGGCGUGGAGAGCCGCGCCCAGCUGGUCCCUGAGGCCCCCGGGACGGUGGCCAGCCCAAACAAAGGGAUCACGAAAAAGAAGAAAGCCGUGUCAUUCCACGGGGUGGAGCCCAGACUGGCCCACGAGCCCCUGCACUGGUGCCUGAACUUACGUCGCUCCUCGGCCUGCACCAACGUGUCUCUGCUGAACCUGGCAGCCGUGGAGCCCACAGACUCGUCAGGCACUGAGUCCAUCUCAGAGGACACGGGGCCGCUCGCCCUGCCUGGGGCACCCCCCUUUCCCACCGCGCCCUGGGGGCCAGAGGACCCCGACAUCUCAGACAUGCUGAGUGGGGUCAACAGUGGAUUGGUGCGUGCUAAAGACUCCAUCACCAGCCUGAAGGAAAAGACCACACGCGUGAACCAGCAUGUACAGACACUGCAGAGCGAGUGUUCUGUGCUUAGUGAAAAUCUGGAGAGGAGACGGCAGGAGGCGGAGGAGCUUGAGGGGUACUGCAGCCAACUCAAGGAGAACUGCCGGAAGGUGACACGGUCAGUGGAAGAUGCUGAAAUCAAAACCAACGUCCUGAAGCAGAACUCGGCCCUGCUGGAGGAGAAACUCCGCUACUUGCAGCAGCAACUUCAGGACGAGACGCCACGGAGGCAGGAGGCCGAGCUGCAGGAGCUGGAGCAGAAGUUGGAGGCCGGACUCUCCCGGCACGGCCUGGGGUCCGCCACCCCACCCCCGAGUGGCUCUGGCCAGCCAGGGAGCCUGGAUGAACCCCCGCGCCCGCGCAGCCUGGGUCCCAGUGGCUGGGGACUGGGUUCCCGAGCUACCGAUGGGCCGCCCUCUGUGAGUGAGCAGGAGCUACAGAAGGUCUCGGCCAGCCUGGAGGAGCUGAGGCGGGAGGUGUCCUCGCUGACCGCCCGGUGGCACCAGGAGGAAGGGGCCGUGCAGGAGGCCCUGCGGCUGCUCGGGGGCCUGGGCGGCCGGCUCGACAGCUUCCUGGGCCAGUGGGAGCGCGCGCAGAGGGAGCAGGCGCAGACGGCGCGGGGCCUGCAGGAGCUGCGCGGCCGGGCAGACGAGCUCUGUACCAUGGUGGAACGGUCGGCGGUGUCUGUAGCUUCACUAAGGAGCGAACUGGAGGGGCUGGGCCCAGUGAAGCCCAUUCUGGAGGAACUGGGGCGGCAGUUUCAGAACUCUCGGAGAGGGUCCGAGGUCUCUAUGAACCUGGAUCGGGCCCCUCAAGGAUCCUGUGUCCGCUGUGCUAGCCAAAACCAGCAGUUGUCCACAGAAACCCUGCAGCAGCUGCUGGAGCGAGCUCUGACCCCGCUGGUGGACGAGGUGAAGCAGAGGGGCCUGGCCCCUGCCUGCCCCAGUUGCCAGAGGCUGCACAAGAAGAUUCUGGAGCUGGAGCGCCAGGCCUUGGCCAAGCACGUCCGCGCAGAGGCCCUGAGCUCCACUCUCCGGCUGGCCCAAGACGAGGCCGUGCGGGCCAAGAAUUUGCUGCUGACGGACAAGAUGAAGCCGGAGGAGAAGGUGGCCACGCUGGAUUACCUGCAUUUGAAGAUGUGUUCGCUCCACGACCAGCUCAGCAACCUGCCGCUUGAGGGGUCCACGGGGACGAUGGGAAGAAGAAGUGGCCAGGGGACUCCCCCCAAGCGGGGGGGCCAAACCCCCGAACAAUAA